AUGAGUAGCAGGAACGAGAGUGGAAGAGAAAAUCCAGUGAGGAGGCAAGCCAGGGAAAGAGGUAUUGGGGACGAUGAUACGAAAGAGAACAGAGAGAGGGAAGAGAGAAGCGAGAGAGAUGAGCGAACAGCCCGGAGAGGAGAAAGAGAAGAGACGAGAGAGACGAGAGAGAGAGAGAGGGAGAGAGAGAGAGAGAGAGAGAGAGAGAGAGAGACAGAAGGUGUAGAGAGAGAG